UUUUCACCAACUCAGUCUGCCUUCCCGCAUCAGCUAAUAACCAAGACAGAAGAGAUGACGAAGUCAGCGAUCAAGUGCAUCACCGCAGCCACCCUGGCCUUCGCCGCUCCGUCAGCAGCAGCGUCGAGAAAUGGGAGCGGGCUGGACCUUUUGCAUAACGUCGGCGGGAAGAACCAGCGCGUCGCCAAGCAAGACAUCUGGUUGGAGGAGCGCUCGGCGGGGCGGCUGCAGAACACCCGCCAAGAACACCUAGCCCCGUCCAUAUUCUUCGACCAGUGGCAGGGCUACUACAGCGCGGAGGUCGCUGCGUUUUCCUGCUGACAAGAUUAGAGCAUGAGAGAGAGAGGCCGUGUUGUCAAAAUCGUGACCUAGCUUGGCGGCACGGGACACGUGUGUGUCAUAGGCUGCUCAAGAAAGGCCGCGCUCCCAUCACUGUCCUCACACCGAUCUUCAUCACACACAUGCUGCUGUUGCACGAGGGAGACGAUGGGAACUAGUUCUAUCGACUUGGGUGUGGGCGGAGGAGGGGAAGGGAGGUUUGCGUGUUGUUCGAGGGAUCUGGUGGUGGAGAAGUGUUGCGUGUGUGCGUGCUUUGUGGAAUGGAACAUCUACGCUUUGUUCGGGACAUGUCAAGCAUAAGCAGCCGCCGAUAGCGACACUCCGACGGCGGCAUUCAGUUUGGGGCAAUGCGGGACGUUUUACAGGGUGUUUUUUUUUACAUGGGUGCGGUAGUGACGAACUUCCGGAAGUACUCAUAUAGUAAAAAAAUAGUGAAAGAAGAAACUAUUAGUUAUCUACUUGUAUCUGUAGGAGUGUUGUGGGUCUGUUCUGUGUGAGAGAGAUUCUUCGUGCAGGAUUUUCGUAGUGUAAAUAGAGAUGUGGUUUCAAGUUCGUUUCGGAGAGGCAUAUGUUGCUGUACGGGCCUCGAGCCGAGUUGAGAGAUGUGUAUAUAAUACUUGAUACUACUUCAUUCUCCGUGAAAGCAACGGGAAGAAAUGUGAUUGGUUGUGCCGCGGGAGGGCAGAGGCAGUGUUGUGAGGUGCGUUGAAACGGCGGCGGAAUUCGAGGCAAUGCUGAGAGGUUCGUCGAAAUGGCAAAAAUCGAGCCGCACCUAGUCCCUAAUCGAUGGAACGCGGGGUUUGGAGCUCCGGCGAAAGCAGGCCAGCCUUGCGGCGCGAGUGGCUUUGAGAUGGUCGGUGGACGUGUACAUGGAUUGUCAAAAGACUGACAGAAAGUGCCUGAAGGGUGCCAACGAUGUGUGUGUCCCCGUUGUUUGAAGAAAAAAAGAAAAGUAGCCAUGUAUAGCUGCGGCGUUUUCGUCGUGCGGCACAUUCGAUGUAUGGUAUUGACAAGGGGAUACCUGGGACAAGCUUUCGUGGUAGUCUGCCUCUUCUUGUGCAUGGGAGAAGGAGGUGUGUAACUUGACCACGGUGCAUUCUUUCGUGGGUGUUGCUUUCAAGCCUGCAGGGACCCUUGAUGACCUCAUGUGUUUCGUGUGGCCUGGCUUUGUCGUGCCAACAUGACGUGCUGUGGGCUUGCCUGCUCAAGUCUAGUCUUCCUGAUGGUAG